AUUUCCGGGUCAGGCUGCUGAAUCACAUACAGGAGGAAAGCGGCAUGUUUUUUAUUUAUUUGUUUUAAAUAAAUUAUAAAAAUGGUACCAUUAUAAACCGUGGAAAGUCAGUCCCAGUGUUUUAUCGCAGGCCACCAUGGUGCCUUCAGACUUUAAAGCUCUGAUCCAGAGGUUUUAUCAUCUUCAGUCCGAGCGAGUAGAAACCUAUCGACUCUUUGAAGAGGGACACGAGGCCUACUUGAGGACAGGGCCCCAUUAUGACUUCGACCACUACAGGCAGCUGGUCCAUGAGAUAACGCAGGCUUUCUGCGGCAUCUCUAAGGAAGUGCUGGAGAUCAAGGGGAAGCUGCACCACGAGUUUGACAGACCAGACCUUUCUGAGCACAUUGAGAAGCUGCAGAGCAAAGAGAAGGAGAAACUUGAACUGACAGCUAAGCUGCAGCUGGCCAAGCAGCAGGCCCAGGAUCACCCGGAGGAUGAAAGCUGUCAAGAACAGAUUCAGGAGAUCAAGCACAAGAUCAUCAAGAACAAAGAGGCACUGAGUGAGAUCAUGCAGGACUUUAAAUAUGAUUCAGAGGAGUGCGAUUGACAUCUCACUCCCAGGAGGCCCCGCACAAACCUCACAUCACAAGACAGCUGCUCUGCUGCAACUUCCAUCUUGGACCCCUAAAGCUGCGCUUAUCGAUUCCCCUCUGGCUCCACCCUGCUCACUGCUGCAGUCUUAUUCCUCCCCGAGGGGGGGCUUUUCACUUUCAGGCUGUGUCUGUGUGUUUGUGUCUGUAGGCAUUUGUUUACUUUAGGUCUCAAAAAAGAAAUCUGCUCAUGUUGUAAUGAAAUGUGUAAAUAAAAUAUUUGAGAUGCUUUCCA